CUAACACACUGGAAUAUCGCCAAGGGUCAGCAGCCCUGUUUUCGGAGAAGUGCAUGAGUCAGCGACAUGAGAACAGGACUGUCUCAAAAGAUAAUAUUUUGAGACAGCGAUAAUUCCUCUUUUUUUCCCCAGUCACUUAGUUAAUAUUCUUGUAGUAGGGGAAUCAACUUUGUGAGACCUGACAGACACUCUCUCCCUAGCAACUAGAAAAAUCAACCAAUCAGAAAAGUCGGUAGACAACAGUAUCAAGAAUACCACAAGGUUGGUUUGAGUCGACUAAGGAAGAUAAGAAUUACCACAAGUCAUGAACUCUGUGCAAAAACUGAUUAUAUAAGUAUAUACUGUUUGACUUAGUGUAUUUUGAGCUUUCUUUGCGGUUGCUUGCAGAGUCUGCUUGCUCCAGUCUGCAGACUAAUAAAGUGUGAAGUUGCUCCAACUUGUCUCUGCUCUAUUGUUUUCAGUACAGGACCGGUGUCUGCUCGGUUGUAUGCAGAAAAUUCCACCACGUAUAGAAGAUAUCUUUUCCACAGAUUUAUUCAGAUAUAUUGACAGUCUGAUGAAGUUAGACCCCAGUUCAGACUCAUCUCUUUAUAAUCUAUACAUGUGGCUUUUGGAAUCACAUUUAACCAACCAACAGGAACUUUGUGCUUCCUAUUUCCUUUUUCUAAAACAGUGACCUUGACUAAGGCAAUAGGCAACCCUGUGCAACAUUUUCAUUCUAUGGAUGGUUUUGGUCAUGAACCUGCAGUGAGCUUUCAUUAUUUCUUCAUACAGUUUUUUUUUUGUUUUGUUUUUUUUUGGAAAUAAGAAGAUUAUAUCAGUCACCAGCUAUGGCAAAAGUUUGGCUGAUAGUUUUUCUCUUUUUUGCAUUGGUUAUUUUAGUCCUGCUACAGAACCCAAUCAAUAUAAAAGAUCUAGUUGUCUCUACUAACUGCAGAAUUUCAGGUGUGCUCUUGGUAUCGUUAGGAAAAGAUUACAAACUCAAUGCAACCAAUGCUAAGUUUGCAUGUCAGUCCUUAGGCAUUACUUUGGCAACAAAAGAACACGUCAAGAGGGCUUCUGAACAUGGUUUAGAAACAUGCCGAUUUGGCUGGACUGUUGAAAAUGUGGUUGUAGUCUCUCGAAUAAAACCUCUUCCCAACUGUGGUAAAAAUAAGACUGGAGUAAUAGACUGGCAUGUGAAAUUAGAAAAACUAUUUGAUGCCUACUGCUUCAAUUCAACAGAUACAAUGACAAACUCUUGUGCACCCAUAAUGCACACCACAGCACCUCCCCCUAUGAUAACAACAGAAUUAAGAGAAGAGAAAACAUCACCAACUUUGAAGUCUCCAUUGGCUACCUCUACAAAACUGAUGGUGGAAGCAAGUGCUACUCCUGUAACACAGUCUCUGCGAUCACAAACCAUUAAAGCACAGCCUUCAUCAUCACAGACCACUAAUGCACAGCCUUCAUCACCGCAAGCCACUAAUGCACAGCCUUCAUCAUCACAGACCACUAAUGCACAGCCUUCAUCACCGCAAGCCACUAAUGCACAGUAUUCAUCAUCACAGACCACUAAGGCACAGUCUUGGUCAUCACUGACCACUAGUACAUCUGACCACACUGAACCAAUGGACCCCAAUGGAAAUGCAGACACAUCUGUACAUAGUAAAGGAACUCAGUUUGGAGCAUUACAAACCGCAUUACUUGUUCUUGCUAUCGUAUUCCUGUUAACAGCGUUGACUGCAGGGUUCUGCUAUUUAAAACAGUACAAGGAAACACUUCCAAUUGCGGACAGUAAUCAGCAAAAGGAGAGCAUUGAAACCGAACUCUGGAAACAUAACCUAGUUGAUGAGAAUGAACAAGAACAAGAACAGACAGAAUACCAGGAGCAGGAUGAAAAUCUCAAAGACAGCAAUGGUGCCAAAGACAUAAUUGUGACAGCUCCUCAUGAAACAAACGCACAGGAUUGAAGGAAAUGUUACGCAUUGUCAAAUACAGUUUUUACAUUUUACCAUUUUUUUUAUUUUAAUGUAUUUUUUUUUACUUAAUUUCUAAUUUUUUAUUUCAUUUCAGUGUGGAGUAGUGGUUAGGGCUCUGGACUCUUGACCGGAGGGUCGUGGGUUCAGUCCCAGGUGGGUGACACUGCUGCUGUAUCCUUGAGCAAGGUACUUUAACUAGAUUGCUCCAGUAAAAACCCAACUGUAUAAAUGGGUAAUUGUAUGUAAAAAUAAUGUGAUAUCUUGUAACAAUUGUAAGUCGCCCUGGAUAAGGGCGUCGGCUAAGAAAUAAAUAAUAAUAAUAAACAAGGUUAUGACAAGUGCUGUUUUUAUUAUUUAUUAUUAUUAGUUUAUUUAGCAGAUGCCUUUAUCCAAGACGACUUACAGAGACUAGGGUGUGUGAACUAUGCAUCAGCUGCAGAGUCACUUACAAUUCCGUCUCACCUGAAAGACGGAGCACAAGGAGGUUAAGUGACUUGCUUAGGGUCACACAAUGAGUCAGUGGCUAAGGUGGGAUUUGAACUGGGGAUCUCCUGGUUACAAGCCCAUUUCUUUAACCACUGGACCACAGAAGACACAAUUUUUUACCUUUUAAUUAUUAUUUUUUUUUACUAUAAUUUGUCCCAAACACUAAUUUCAGAAUGUAAUUAUAUUAUUAUUAAGUAUGCAUUCAUAAAAACGUAUCCCUUUUUGUGUACUGAUAUAUAUAUAUAGUGUUUGGAAUGUGUCCAAAGAUAUAUAGUGUAUAUGAAUGCAAUAUUAGAACUAAUAAAAUAAAUAAAUAAAUUAAAUAAAGUAAGGCAAGAAGUUGGAUCAAUGUUUUUUUUUUUACUAAAAGUCAGCCAACUAAAAGAAUGCUUAAAUGCUGUGGUUGUAAACUGCAGGAAACAAUACAGAGGUCAUACGUGUCUAUUGCAGUUAGCAACAUGUUUUCAAAGAGUGAUAAAACUUUUAUUUAAAGCUCUUCCAAAAAGAAAAAAAAGUACAUAAAAACAGAAGCCUUCACACUCAGGAACUGUUUUAUAAAUUACCCUUUUCUUCAAAAGGGUCAUUUUACAUAUUAGAGCUUUUUUAUAUCUACCCUCUCUUUACUCAGUUUUUAAUCAUAACACUGUAUACAGUAUAAUAAUGUAUGAAUGGAUUAUAGUAUGUUGUAUAGACUACAAUACACAUUACAGCUUGUAAGUUUGUGCUAUCAUGUUCUUGUUUUAAAAACUCACAGAACAGGUAUUUGCUCUGUAUAUAUACUUGUUGUUAUGAAACAUACUCAAUAAAACAGUUUAUAUUAUUA